AUGUCAUCAAGAAGACAACUGACAAAUGAUGGAUUUUCCAAUCCUCAUAGAUAUCACGAUAAUGAAGACGAAGUAGAAAACAUUUUUGCUACUCCACAACAACCUGCAGCUCAAGGCCAAACUCCUAUCCAAAAUCCAUUCAUCGGAAGCGAUGAAGAAUAUGAUUCAUACUCUGGGAACUAUCAAAAUGAAGAUGAUCUGAGUGAAACUUCAUUAAUGCAUAAUAAUCGUAACAUAAUUAAUGGUUCUAAACCUGUAGUACAACAUAUAUAUCACGAUAAUGAUGAUGAAGGUGAUAGCAGAAUGAGCUCGAAUGUUCAAGAUUAUCAAGGUUAUUAUUCAAGAAGUAAUCUGAAUCUAUUGGACUCAGAUAAAGAAUAUUUAAAUACAAACGCCAUAGCUAGAAAUAAUUCAAGUUAUUUGAAUCUUGAAUCUACAAAGACUCCAAAUUUACAAGGGAAAUCAGCUCUUGUAGUGGAUGCUUCCAAUAAUAAUGGUGUCACCAACAACGAUAUUUUAUCCCCACCAGAAUUUGAUAGAUACCCUCUGAUUAGUAAUUCUAAAUCAUCCCAAAAUCUUGCCAAUGGUUAUUAUAAUGGUAAUUCAUCAUCUAUUUUUCCCACAAGUGCUACAUUUGGAGGAAAUUCUCCAAUGUUAGGUUCUACAUCUGAUAUUUCUUCAUUAAAUGGUAAUAAUAAUGAGCACGAUUUUUCACCUUUUGGUGGUUACCCAGCUUCAUCUUUCCCGUUAUUGAUUGAAGAAAAUGAAGAUGAUGAUUACUUGCAUAACCCAGAUCCAGAAGAAGAAGCCAAAUUAGAUAAACAUAGACUGGCUGAUGAUAUUAGAAGUAUGGAUAGAAGAGCGGCUGGUGGUUGUGUUGGUUUAUUAUUUUUAUUAAUUGCUGCUGUUUGUAUAUUUGUUGUGUUACCUGCAUUAACUUUUACAGGUGUUGUUAAUCGUCCAACAAAUAUUCCAAGCAAUUCAACUUAUGCACAUGGUAAACAAGAAUAUUUGACUGAUUAUGAAUAUCCACAAUUAGCUGCUAUUAGAACUGAAUUAGUAGACCCUGAUACUCCCAAAAAUGCUAGAUCAAGAAAGGCAAGGGAUGGGUCAUAUUGGGGAUUGGUAUUUUCUGAUGAAUUCAAUGCUGAAGGUAGAACUUUCUAUGAUGGUGAUGAUCAAUAUUGGACUGCACCAGAUAUUCAUUAUGAUGCUACUAAGGAUUUGGAAUGGUAUUCACCAGACGCUUCUAUUACAAGAAAUGGUACUUUACAAUUAAGAAUGGAUGCCUAUAAAAAUCACGAUUUGUAUUAUAGAUCAGGUAUGGUACAAAGUUGGAAUAAGUUAUGUUUUACUCAAGGUGCCAUUGAAAUUUCUGCUAAUUUAGCUAAUUAUGGUCGUGUUACUGGGUUAUGGCCUGGUUUAUGGACAAUGGGUAAUUUAGCAAGACCAGGUUUUCUAGCUUCCACUGAAGGUGUUUGGCCAUAUGCUUAUGAUUCAUGUGAUGCAGGUAUUACACCAAAUCAAAGUUCUCCAGAUGGUAUCUCAUAUUUACCUGGUCAAAGAUUAAGUGUAUGUACAUGUGAUGGUGAAGAUCAUCCAAAUCAAGGUACAGGUAGAGGUGCUCCUGAAAUUGAUAUUAUUGAAGGUGAAGCUGAUACUACUUUAGGUGUUGGUAUUGCAUCUCAAUCAAUGCAAAUCGCACCAUUCGAUAUUUGGUAUAUUCCAGAUUAUGAUUUUGUUGAAAUUUAUAAUUUUACUGUAACCACAAUGAACACAUACUGUGGUGGACCUUUUCAACAAGCCGUUUCUGCCGUAUCUACAUUAAAUACCACAUGGUAUCAAUUUGGUCCUCAAGCUGGUUAUUAUCAAAAAUACGCCAUUGAAUUAUUGAAUGAUGACGAAGAAGGUUAUUGCCGUUGGUUUGUUGGUGAUAAUCCAACAUUUACAAUUCAUGCCAAGGCAUUACAUCCUAAUGGUAAUAUUGGUUGGAGAAGAAUUUCUAAAGAACCAAUGUCAAUUAUUAUGAAUUUAGGUAUUUCUAAUAAUUGGGCUUAUAUUGAUUGGCAAUCUAUUUAUUUCCCUGUCACAAUGUCAAUUGAUUAUGUUAGAAUUUAUCAACCAAAUAACUCUGUAUCUAUAACAUGUGAUCCAAAGGAUUAUCCAACUUAUGAUUAUAUUCAAGAUCAUAUAGUGGCAUAUACUAAUCCAAAUCUAACAAGUUGGAGUAGUACUGGUUUUGAAAUGCCCAAGAAUAUUUUAACUGGUAAUUGCAAGAGUUCAAAAUAUUCUUUAGAUAGUGGUAGUAGUUGA